AGCAAUCCGAACUCGCUCCAUGUUAGACUGAAGUGGGUGAAAGUACUGUUGAAGGACUCUCGUGCCCUCAGUCAUUCCUGUACAUUUAUGGAUACGUAACUGUGACAUAAACUAGACGAGCGGGUGGAAAUAGCAUAAGUUGAAAUCUCCUCCCACAGAUGAGGGAAGAUAAUGGCCAUGGAUCAAGGCGUAGUGGAGGAAUGGCUGUCUGAGUAUAAGACUCUUCCAGAGACAGCCGUCUCCAGCUAUGCCGUGUCUCUAAAGGAGAAGGUCUCUCUAGUUCCUGCACUCUACAAAGUUAUUCGGGAGAAUUACAGUGGUCUUUUGGAGCCAGUGUGUCAUCAGUUGUUUGAGUUUUACCGCAGCGGUGAACCACGUCUUCAACGUUUUACGCUACAGUUUCUCCCUGAGCUGGUGUGGAGUUAUUUGUCUGUCACGGCGGCGCGAGACCCUCACUGCAGCGGCUGCAUUGAAGCUCUUCUGCUCGGCAUCUAUAACCUGGAAAUCGUUGAUAAAGAUGGGCAGAGUAAAGUGUUGUCCUUCACCAUCCCUUCCUUAUCUAAGCCAUCAGUGUAUCAUGAGCCCUCUUCCAUUGGCUCUCUGGCCUUGACUGAAGGAGCUUUAGCCAAUCACGGCUUGAGUCGAGUUGUUUACAGUGGGCCACACCUCCAGAGAGAGACUUUCACAGCACAGAACAGGUUCGAGGUUCUGACAUUUUUGCUGCUCUGUUAUAAUGCUGCUCUAAGUUAUAUGUCCAGCUCAUCACUGCAGUCUCUGUGUCAGAUCAGCUCAAGGGUCAGUAUCUGUGGGUAUCCACGGCAACAGUUACGGCGGUAUAAAGGCAUCAGCACACGGUUGAUGGUGACGUCGGAGUUCCUGGUGCAGUUGAUCACGGGGAUUCAUUUCGCACUGUGUAAUGGUGAAGAAAACUUGGGCUCUAAGGCUCUGGAUGACGUGCUGUACCGCGCACAGCUGGAACUCUUCCCAGAGGCUCUGUUGGUGGGAAACGCCAUCAAAUCAUCUCUUCACGGUGCCUCUCUGAAGACUAAUAAAGAAGGAUCUCGAUCCAUCCGGGUGGAGAUCACGCCCACGGCCUCACGGAUUUCGCGGAACGCUGUGACUAGCCUGUCAAUCCGAGGACAUCGCUGGAAACGCCACGACGCAGUCGAUUUGGGUUCCCCGGACGAGCUGACUGAAAUCGCGGAGGUGGACGAGGGUAUCUGUACGCAAGUCUCGGGCGGUCGGGCCAGCCCACCGAUGAUAGUCGUCAGCAACAGCGCCGUUACCGCAGCGCCAUCUAGUGGUGGUGCGGGGAAGCUGGCAGGAAAAGGUCUCCGUCGUUUGACGGGACGAUCGAGCAAAGAAAAGGACAAAGAGAAAGACGCCGCCACCGGCAUAGAUCAGCUUUCUCGUAAGCAGGCGGCCGUUCGUGCAAUGAGCGAGAACCUCGAGCUCCUGUCACUCAAACGCCUGACGCUGACGGCCAGCCAAUCAGUUCCUAAGAGCGGUUCGCUCAGCUUGUCGCGCACCGCCAGUGCCGUCUUCUCGCGCUCUUUCGAGCAAGUCAGUAACGCGCUCGCAGUCGCAACGGGCAACCAGCCGCCCAGCCGUGCACCGAGUCCAACCUCGAACCACCUCGUUCCCAAAGGUGGAAUCCUAGAAGACGGUGCGGCCUAUUCAGAGCACUUGAGCCCCACCCAUCAACUUCGGCAGCGAUCGCCCACCAUCAGUAUCCAUGUGACCUCUGACCUGUGACCACUAAUUCCCAUCCUAUGAAGGACUGGUCGCAUUCUUUACAAUGUGCAAAAACAGACCUGGCACUGCUGCCCCCUUGUGGCACAAAACUGCAGCACCUUAAAGGAAGUCUGUUUUUUUUUUUACCUACAGUUUUGUCAGUUGUGUAUAAUUACCAAAGUUAUGUAUUUUUGAAGUAAAUGUUUUUUAAAAUGACUUAAUUUUCCCCAAAAUUAUUCUUUAAGGUGUUUAUGAAGUCGGUGCUUAAGUUUACUCAUGAAGUUUGAAUAUUAGCGGUAUUGUAUAUUUUUAAUGCUUUAUCAAUGUGCGCGUUCAGAUGUACUAAAUGUGGUAUUAUGAUUUGUGUGUGCGGUUUUUUUUUUCCUGUGUGCGAGUUCUGUGUUCUGAAAUGGAACUGAAGCAUCUCUUCACACUCCGUUUCCAUGGUAAAUUGGAUCAAUCUCAAAACACAAACAGAAAAUCUGGUGGAAUUGGAUCCCAAACAGAAGUAGUCUUUGUUUACAUUGUUAUUCAUACGGUAUUUGAAAGCAAUAUCAUUGCUAUUUUAAUUGCAGUAUGUGAGCUUCCAUAAGGCCAUAAUAGAUUAGAUGUUUUUCGCACAUGAGACCAUUGGUCAAGUAUUUGUAUGCUUGAUUAACCAGGUGUUAUGUGAGUUAACCAGCUGCUCGGGUGUCAUACUGAUGUCAUGCAUUGAAAGCAAAGCACAAAUAUAGAGACCCAUUAAACAGUGUGAUUAUACGCCACAAAUCAUUCCUUAAUAUAAAAAAAGAUAAAUCAUUGUUUAAUUAUGGCACACACACACACACACACACACACAAAAAGUUUUUUUUUGGAUUGGUACAGCACUAUGGGAAUGAUGCCGAUGUUUGUCUUAUGCUUUUGUUUUUAAGGAAAAUUAGUUUUCUUGUUAAAAAAUAAAAUAUUUUUCUGGUCAUAAUGGUUUGUGUUUUUUUUUUUUAUUUUGAAGUGGAACAACAAUAACAGUGGAUGUGCCUGUGUCCAGAUUAUUUUCCGAAUGUGAACAUUUUGAGAAUUGUAAAUAUUAUUGUAGUAAAGUCAUUUUUUUGCCUUUUCAACAGAAAUAACAUGGUUG